ACCACCGCCCUGGCUGGGACGGCAGCGGGCGAGGAACUCCAGGUCCGGGGGCGCUGGGGGAGGGGAGCGCAGCGCGGGCUAGACUGGGCUGGACUGGGUUGGACUGGACUGGACGGGGCUGGACUUCCUCGAACCCGAAGGUGCCUGGCCGCGGGAAGUGGGCAUCGCACCCGACUGGACCGAGCCAGAGUAGAGCUCUAGGGGAAUGUGAAGAUGUUGACAGUCCCAGAGGCCCAGAUGCACAGCCUGCAAAUCAGUACCAAUGGGAACAGGUCCACCACUCCCACUCCUCCAGGCUCCCCGAGGACCCAGGACAGCUGCAACAUCGCUCCGCUCACCCCAUCCCAAUCUCCUAGAAGCGAGACACGGACCCCUCAGCCAUCCCCCUUCUCCGUGGUGGUGGCCAUUGACUUCGGCACUACUUCUAGCGGCUAUGCCUUCAGCUUCUCCAAUGACCCUGAAGCCAUCCACAUGAUGAGGAAGUGGGAAGGGGGCGACCCAGGGGUGGCUCACCAGAAGACCCCCACCAGUCUGCUGCUGACACCCGAUGGCGCCUUCCACAGCUUUGGCUACACUGCCCGUGACUACUACCAUGACCUGGACCCCGAUGAAGCCCGGGAUUGGCUCUACUUCGAGAAGUUCAAGAUGAAGAUCCACAGCACCAGUGACCUGACCAUGAAGACAGAGCUGGAAGCAGUCAAUGGGAAGAAGAUGCCAGCCCUGGAGGUCUUUGCCCAUGCCCUCCGCUUCUUCAAGCAGCACGCCGUGCAGGAGUUGCGGGACCAGUGCCCUGCUCUGCCCAAGAGGAAUGCCAUCCGCUGGGUACUCACAGUGCCUGCCAUCUGGAAGCAGCCAGCCAAGCAAUUCAUGCGGGAGGCAGCCUACCUGGCCGGACUGGUGUCCCCCGAAGCCCCAGAUGAGCUGCUCAUUGCCCUGGAACCUGAGGCCGCCUCGAUCUACUGCAGGAAGCUGCGGUUGCACCAACUGGUCGACCUGACCUGCCGGCCAACCACCAACAGUUGUGUGGGAGAGCGGCGCUCCAUUGACUCCAGCUUCAGGCAGGCACGGGAGCAGCUUCGCAGAUCACGUCACAGCAGGACCUUUCUGGUGGAGUCGGGAGUUGGAGAGCUGUGGUCAGAAAUGCAAGCAGGUAGGAGGCAUGGUGGGGGACCCGCUACAUCGUGGCCGACCUGUGGGGGUGGCACAGUGGACCUGACCGUGCACCAGAUUGAGCAGCCAAGGGGGACCCUCAAAGAGCUGUACAAAGCAUCAGGCGGUCCAUACGGGGCAGUGGGUGUGGAUCUGGCCUUCGAGCAGCUGCUGUGCGGAUUUUUGGGGGCGGACUUGCAUAGCCACAUUCAGGCCAAGCGGCCAGCCAGCUGGGUGGACCUGACAUCGCUUCGAAGUCCCGCAAAGCGCACAGCUGGCCCACACCGCACCAACCCCCUCAACAUCUCCCUGCCCUUCUCCUUCAUUGACUUCUACCGCAAGCACCGUGGCCACAACGUGGAGACAGCCCUGCGCAGGAGCAGUGUGAACUUUGUGACGUGGUCCUCCCAGGGGAUGCUGCGCCUGUCCAGCGAGGCCAUGCAUGAGCUCUUCCAGCCCACCGUCAGCCAGAUCAUCCAGCACAUCGACAAGCUGAUGCAUCGCCCCGAGGUACAAGGUGUCCGGUUCCUGUUCCUGGUCGGAGGUUUUGCCGAGUCAGCUAUGCUGCAGAGGGCGGUGCAGGCCGCCUUCGGGGGCCGGGGCUGCCGGGUCAUCAUCCCGCAGGAUGUGGGGCUGACCAUCCUCAAGGGGGCUGUGCUGUUUGGGCUAGACCCUGGCGUGGUCCGCGUGCGCCGUUCCCCGCUCACCUACGGCGUUGGUGUCCUCAACAAGUUCGUGCCGGGCCGCCACCCCACGCGACAAGCUGCUGUCAAAGAGGGCAAGAGCUGGUGCACUGACGUCUUCGAGAAGUUUGUGUCCAUGGACCAGUCCGUGCCCUAGGUGAGGCUGGUCCGGCGUAGCUACUGUCCGGCCCGGCCUGGCCAGAGGAAGAUCGUCAUCAAUGUCUACUGCUGUGCGGCUGAAGACGUCAGCUACAUCAGACCUGGCGUCCGCAAGUGUGGUGCCAUCAGCCUGGAGCUAGCCCCAGAGCAACAUGAAGGGACCCCUGGGACUCCCAGCCGCCGUGAGAUCCGGGCCUCCAUGCAGUUCGGCGACACCGAGAUCAAGGUCACAGCCGUGGACGUCAGCACCUCUCGCACCGUCCGGGCUGCCAUAGAUUUUCUCUCCAACUAGAACCCCGAGCCCUCUCCCUCAUGGCGCCGCUGGCCCUGGAUCCCCAGAGACCCCUAUUAGACCCACAGCCUCCUCCCACUCCUGCCUGGCCCAGAGCUCUCAGGACAGAGAGAUGUGGGGGAGAUUGACAGACCACCAGUCCCCGGAGCAGGGCAGCCUUGGGGCCUGGGACCCGGCUUCCCCACAGGGGCAAGGAAGGAGCCCUCUGGUUCAGCCCACUCGUAGAAUCCCCUAAAAUGGGAGCUAGAGGAGCUCAGCAGGUUCCCAGCCUGAACUCGGGGCUGUUGACUUGAACAGGGCCAUACUCCCGGCCAGCCCUGGCCAUGCCCACCUGCCCCUCAGGAAGGCUUAAAGCUGGGGGUCCCCCACCUCCUUCCACUAAGCAGCCCCAGCAUCCCCAAACUUCUGGCUGAGAACCAGUUGUUCGGUGGGCAACCCUAGGGCCAAGGCCAAGGCCAAAAGCACCACGGCUAAGGGGAAUGGGAUAGAAGCUGUAGGUAUGGCUACCCUGGGAUAGAGUAAGAGGGAAGGAAUGAGAGAGAAGAGCCCUCAAGGGCCAAUCUAAUUCCCUCCCCCAGGUCAGCCCUGCUCCUCUACCUCCCGUAUCUCUAUAUUUUGGGGAGGAGGGCGAAGAAGGGAGGAAUUGAACUCAAAUUUUUAUUUUUAUACUAUAAAUUGCAGGGGUGGGGAGGAGGCAGAGAGCAGGAGCGAGGACACAGUGGGAGUGCCAGAAUAUAGCACGGGGGCCCCAGCUCAGAGGGUGGGAGUGAGAGGGUUGGAGGAGCUCAACUAAGCCCCACCUGGCAGAGAUAGGGAGCAGGCCAAGAGGUCAAUUUGAGUCUCGGAAGAAAGGAGAGGGAAAGUAAACUAUGAGUGGACCCAGAAGCCACACAUGAUGCAGAGGGGGGCCCUCCAUCUGCAGUGAGAGGAAUUGAGGGCAGAGCCAGAGGAGGAAUCAUGCAGGUGAUUUGGAGAAGGAGGCUAACCUUUGGAGGACAGAUUAGGGGUAGCCCUGGCUGGAGGAAGGGGCCUGGAUGAGGUGACCCCUGGAGAAUUUUGACUCUCAUCCACUCCAGGUGCACAGGACUCUGGGACUCCAGAUCUGGAAGGCAGAUGGACCCGACUUAUGACAGGAGUGUGCAACUGGAGUGGAGAGUUGUGCUGCUGUGAGUGAGAAGGACCAAGCUCUGGCUCCCAGUCCCAAGCGGGGGUCAGCAAAAGCGGCCUGGGGUGACACAAGGGGGUGGAAACUGUCCUCAGACUGGUCAGUGUGACGCCCUCCAGGGGAGGCAUGAGCUGCCAAACUUCUGCAAGUUAUCAAUAAAAUCUUGUAUGCUACAA